AUGGGUGACUGGAAGGGCUACAUCAAUGCGGUGUUGCGGGACCAGCGCAUCGACGAUGUGGCCAUCGUGGGUCUCUCAGACAAUCACUGUGUGUGGGCAUCGCGGCCAGGGGGCCUACUGGCGGCCAUCUCACCGCAGGAGGUGGGCGUGCUUACCGGCCCUGACCGACGCACCUUCCUGCAGACGGGCCUGACUGUGGCGGGUCGCCGUUGCUGCGUCAUCCGCGACCACUUGCUGGCGGAGGAGGACGGCGUGCUGGACGCGCGCACCAAGGGCCUAGACGGGCGCGCAGUCUGUGUGGGCCACACGCCACGCUCACUCCUAGUGCUUAUGGGCCGACGCGGCGUGCACGGGGGCAUCCUCAACAAGACAGCGCACGAGCUAAUCCUCGGGCUGCGCAAUCAGGGCACCUAG